CGUGACUGACGGAAGUCUUUGUACUCACCCUCACCACUAUAGCUUGUACAGCACAUACGAAUCCCGCACGCUCGGGAACACUACGGUACUCCAGGCAGUUCAUCGCGUCAUCCCAGCAUAGCUGCACGCAGCGGGGCACAUCACGAGGUGCAUUGCAUUCAGGAACAGGAAGAGAAGCUAGGCGGAGAAGUGAGACAGGCGCAUCUCAUAUACCGCCUAGUGCCUCCGCCUCCGAGGCUGACCUACUGCCAUGGCGCUUUACGAGCGUCGCUCCUCCUUCGAGGACUUGAGUCGAUGGCGAACACAAUCUCCCACGGGAUCCGAAAGACGAAAGCUUACCUUCAAUCCUGUCGGCGAAUGGACAGACCCGGCUGUACAAUAUGAUCCUCCGGUAGCAGCGGUCGAGGUCAGCAAGGGAAAGAGGAUAGCACAGGUGGCUGUGGCUGUGGUAUACUGCUUGUUCGCUGCCGGCAUUGUCUUUGGCUUCGCGGCGAUCAAGCCCGUGUUCAUUGAAGAGGGGGUAUACAAAGAUCAGUGCACAGAAGCCGAACUUCGGAAAGGUGAUGGCGUAUGCUAUGGACAAGAAAUCCGGCUGAACUUGAUGUUCACGGUCGCCGCUGUGAGCACCAAUGUUUGUGCUCUUCCAGUAGGGACAAUUCUUGAUCGAUUUGGUCCACGCAUCGCCAGUAUCAUUGGCUGUGUCUUCUUGUUUGUCGGAGCACUGUUCCUUGCAUUUGCAUCAGACCUCUAUCAUGCAUUCGACGCAUAUAUCCCCGGUUACCUGUUCCUGGCUCUAGGAGGACCAUUCGUGUUCAUCUCGUCCUUCCAGCUCAGCAAUACCUUCCCACAGCAUUCGGGACUCAUCCUUGCCCUCCUCACAGGCGCCUUCGACACGAGCAGCGCGGUCUUCCUUGUCUACCGCCUCCUCUUUCAACACACGAAUGGCUCGUUCAACACCAAGAGGUUCUUCCUCAUGUACUUGGCUGUUCCGAUCCUGAUCCUGAUCUCCCAGUUCACAAUCAUGCCAGGCAAGUCUUACAAGACCGUCGGUGAACUUGUCGAGCAGGCAGAGGAGCCUGCCACAGCAGACACCCAUGACUCCGACUCCGAUAUCUCCGACCACGAAACCCGUCUAGAUAUCCAAACGACCCGCCGCUCCAAUCGCGAAGCCGCCGCAACAGAGAUCGAAACACUCUUGGGCUCGAAGACAGCCGAACAGAAGACCCAGCAAGAAGAAGCCAAAGCCCGCACAUCAGGCGUCUUCGGCGCAAUGCACCACGCCACCGUCCUCGAACAAAUCCUCUCUCCAUGGUGGGUCCUCAUCACGCUCUUCACCGUCCUGCAAAUGCUGCGUAUCAACUACUUCGUCGCCACGAUCCGCACCCAGUACACCGAGAUGUUCCAUUCGCCCGCCAAAGCAAUUCAGGUGAACAACUUCUUCGAUGUUGCACUUCCUCUCGGCGGCGUGGUAUCUGUGCCCUUCAUCGGCUACGUCCUCGAUCACACGUCAACUACAUUCGUCCUCGGACUCCUCGUCACUAUCGCCACGACAAUCGGAAUCUUUGGUCUCAUCCCGGACAUGUGGGCGGCGUACGCGAACGUGAUCCUAUUCGUCAUUUAUCGACCUUUGUACUACACCGCUGUCUCGGACUACAGUGCCAAAGUCUUUGGCUUCCAGACUUUUGGCAAGGUGUAUGGUUUGAUAAUCUGUCUCGCCGGGCUUUGCAAUUUUUCCCAAGCCGGGCUGGAUGCUCUGACGCACGUGAAGUUUGGAAAUGAUCCACGGCCUGUGAACGCGAUUCUUUUGGGUGCUGCGGCCCUUGUUGGUGUCGCUCUUGUGGGAUAUGUGGGUUGGCAGAGCGUGGUGUUGAGGAAAGAGGAUGAAGAGGCGGAAGGGAGGAAGGCGGAAGAGGAAAGAGAGGGGUUGUUGCGAGGACGAAGGAGUGGAGAUGCAAACGGCAAUGGACAUCAGAACGGCAAUGGCGCUACUUAUGGAGGUACUUGAUCUUGAGAAGAGGAGGUAAUUUGAGAGUUUGUUCGUAUUGCCGGCAUGUGUGGCGAGGUGGAGGCGGUUGCAUUCAUGGCAGGAAAAAAGCAUGGCGCUGGUGGUGACUUCUUUACAAUUUUUCUGUAUAUCGCAAUCGCAUUGUUCAUAUAAUGUGCAUAACGAC